AUGUAGGAUUAAAUUAAAAUUGAAGAAUGAGGGAACGCCAGUGGCUCAUAUUUCUGGGUGUUGAAUACUGUGGAGGUGAAAUAGCACAACUAUUUAAAGAAAAGAUAAAAUGCCUUUCCCUGUCUCCAGGAAAAGGCUCUGACUCACCACAUAAUGUAUUUUAAUAGGCUGAAGGUCCGUAUCUGAGCUGUCAUUCCUUUGUGCUUUGAGCCACCUCAGAUAAUAGGUUUUGCUUAUGACAGCUGCUUUGUAAAAGUCAACAAAGUCGUUUUUUUCAUAUUGCUCCUGAAUAUGAAAAUGCAGGUCUAGUCCAGGGUAUAAUGAGUCUCCCUCCUUUACAGCUUCAGUCAAAGGAGGUUUGCAGGACUUAAAGGUGAGGGGUGCAAAACAAAGCAAACAAACAAAGUGCUUGACACCAGCUGUAACCAUCUAGGAGUGGCUGAGUUGGAGAGAGAAGGAAAGAGGAGAAUUCCUUGGCAAGGGUGAAUCAUGAUCACACCUGAGCCCGCGUUUUGCACGUGUUCCCCUGGCUCCCUGCGCAGACCUGCGGAGAGAGGACACUGUUGGGAUCCUGGGUGAAGCUGCAGAAUGGACCCAUGCGAUGCUGCACGGCCGCACUGCUCGCUCGCCACCAGGAGACUCUCGGUCCCUGCAAUUUAAAGGCAAGGGAAGAAGUAUGUGCUGAUGCAAAGUAUCGGCUAAGUAGGCAGUGCUUGUCGGAAAAACUCUCUAACUUUAGAUCUGAAUUUACCUCCUUUCCUUUAUGCAAAUACUGCCUCAUUACUGUCAAUACCAAGACAAUAACCCAAUUUUAUUCAUUUUCAGUUAAAUACUGUGUCAUCCAGGUCUUUUGGGAUCUGGUCCCUAGUCUGUGGUUAGGGUGUUAACCUGGGGGCUGGGACACCUAUGAAAGGAAAUCUUUCAGUGCUCGCUUUUCUUAAUGGUUGCAGAGUAUUUUGAGCAAUCUUGGGUAAAAGAUCAUUUGUGCUAAAGAUGGCUUGAAUGACAUGGUUUUCCCUGAAUGUGGGAAAGGCUCCUCAGGGAGUCAGGGCUGAGGCCUGAGAUUAUGCUACUUCUACGUAGGAGACCCAGUUUAGUAAGUUCCAAGAGUUAUUCCCCAAAGUGUUUUGCCACAGCAGGAUGCUGCUGCAGAUGGAGGCAUGGUCUGAGGAGGUGCGGACCCAUGGCAUCACUGAGGUGAAGAAGCCCCCAGAGCUUGCUGCACACGGAUGACCCCCGCGGGCAUUCGAUUCAGUGAUCAGAAGGUCUGUCAAGUUACAUUUUUAAGUAGUUUGAACUGUGUUUAGGUAGUCUUGGGAAUUUUUUUAUUAAGCCUUUCAAUUUUGACUAAUAAUUACAAAGAAGAUUGUGUGUGUAGGAUAUUUAUCUUUACGUAGUUGGUUUUUAUCCUCAUACUGAGGAUAGAGGAGUGGUAUUUAUCUCCAAUUUUAAGGAAACCUGAAGCACAGACAGGCUGAAGUCACAUACUAGGCCUAGAGUGAGCCAAAAUUACCCAGAUCUUGAUGUCCACUGAGUAGUCAUCUUUUCAGCUCCAUGAUUGUUUUGCCAUACUUGCUACACGAAUAAGCUGUAGACACUCCUUUCCCCACAAAACUACCACACAAAUAAGAAAGAGGGGCAUAGAGUAGAGGAGGGAAUAGAAGGACAGUUCAAUAUGGUGUAUCCUAACGUAGGAUUUAAAGGUGAGAAGAGCAGAAGAUAUGGGAGAGGGUUCAGGCCUAGUGAAUAGCACAGUAAAGGUGAAAAGCUGUGGAUGCAUGGCCUGGCAGGAGGAGCUCUAAGGUGUCAAAGCCAGAAUCAAGGCUAAACAGCUUUGUGAGUGAAUGACUCCAAAUCCCAUCUUCUUUUUUGCUUAGAAGCACAAAGUGAUGACAAAAUGAGGAGGAGGUAAUCAUAGAAAGAUUGCUGCAUGACAAGAGCAUGGAAGAGUUACAUAGGAGGCAGGGGGAUAUAAGAAUUCAGAUAUUUGUUUUUCAAAGUUGCUUCCCAAACUGUGUGGUGUGACGGGUGCACCCACUCUGAGUUAGCGGUGCGGUGCUUCGGGCCUCACCGACAAACAGGCCCGGCUGAAGCCAGCCCUGCUGUGUGAACCUUGAGAAACUGUGCUGAGCUGUAUCUUCUCAGGAACCUAAGGAAUUUAGGUCAUGUCUUAUGAGGAGCCAACAGUACCAGCCCGAGCUGGGACCAGAGGAAAUUAAAACGGCUGUGGCUGCACACCUGCAUGUACACCUGUGGAAUAAUUACUGGGGGUGAAAUUAUUGAGGCUAAAGUUAUAUCCACAUUUCAUAAAAGUUAACUUCCAGGGUGAAAUACAGUUGGCAUGCUGAAAAUCGGUUCAGUGAUCGCUCCCUAAGCAACACCACCUGCAGUCUUAGAUGUUGGCACACACUGGGGGAGCUCGGUGUACUUAGCUCUAGGAGGGAUAAUUGGAGGAGGGAGUGGAGUGAAGGCUCUGCAGCCAAGCUCAUCCAUAAAUCACUGCAGGUCUGCAAACUAGAUGGAAUCAUGGAACCGUGCCCUGGCCAGCACAGUACAAUUGCAAAAUCGUGCCCUGUGGAUGAACUUUGCUCAUUAUAACCUCAUUAUAAUACCAAACACACACCUCCAUCCCAAAGUUGCCCGCCUCCAAGGUACGACCACCCCUCACUGAGCGUGCGCUCUGAAUUUCUUUUUGUCUAUACCUUUAAAUCAAAGCGAGGAGUUUCUACACCAAUCAGUAACAAAGGUAUGUAUGACUAGAGUCACUCAAGCUCCACCUAAACAUAAAGUAGUUUAAAAUGACCUGAAGAAAGAGGUAUAUUAGGGAAGAUAUCAUUGCAGACUACCGGAUCAGUCAACGGGCUGAACGUCUCUUCCCCCCCAUAGAGACGCCUAUUGGCACUUUGUACUUGCACGUGUUUUGCAGACAGUGUAUUUACCACCGUCAAUCCAAUAAGAACCUGUAUUCCUGUUGCUUCAAUAAGCUGCACUAUUAGUGAAGCUGGCCGUGAAGAGUCAUUGAGCACAACUAGGCUAAGAGUGAUCAUACCAUUAGUGAACCUGUAAUCGUGAGAGUUCAGUCUAUUGAACACAACUGGACUGACAGUGCUGAAUCGGGCAUCACUCAGAAUCCAAGCCCAGCCGCCCCUCUGACAACUGAGGACCAGCUGGACCACAAGGGAGUUUAUUUUCUGCCAAAUUUCUUCACCUAUUAACGCAACAACACCAAAGGGGAGUUUCACUACAAGUCAAUCACUUUACGCUACAAAUAUCUGUAGCCCCCAGAGCCCCUUGAGCUCUCCUGCACGGCAGCGGGCUGCACAGGGGUGAUCUCCCCUUGAGCGGGGACGGCUCUCAAGGUCACUCCUCAAGGUUGAGAGAUCCCUUACCCGGCAUCUGAUAUCUACAGCAAGCUCUCCCUGCUAAGCAGCUGGCUGCAUGGCAGCGAUCUCCCCCUGAGUUGGGACACCUCUCAAGGUUACUCCUCAAAGUUGAGACACCUCCUUACCAACUGCAGAUCUUCGGUAAGUGACCGACAUUGCACCUUAACCUUGUAUUGCAGGGCAUUAAGAUCUUGUAUCGGUAACUUUGAACCAUUAUUAUAUCCUCUGCGCAGUAAGUAAUAGAUUGAACCUUGCCAUCAGACUUUGUUAAGCCUCACUUUUACAACAUCUUACCUCAAUAAAACCACCUUUGCUGCUACCUUUGGCUGUGGUUCUUUAAGCAGUCUAAAUCUCCCCCAUGACAGUAGAGUGUGUGACUGCUAUUUAAUUACAGUUUGAUUACUGUUUAAUUAACAUUUAAUAAUUAUCCUUUAAUCACCGUUUAAUAAUUUUUUUUAAUAAAACCUUUUGGUUAACCCCACAACAAUGACUUCUCUUAAUAAUUCACCUGAGACAAAACCCAGCAUAGUCAGCAGGAUGGCAGGUUCAAUCACUGACUACUUACGGAGGCAGAGAGUUAGCCCUUCGCUGAAGUUUUCAGAAGAUUGGGAGUGCAAAAAAUGGGAUAAUUGGGAUAAGGUAGAGGAACAGUUAAACCUUGCAAGGGGGAAAAUGAAAGAUGGUAAAGAAAAGGCAAUAAUAUGCAAAAUGUUGGGAACGUGUUUGGAAGCAAUCUGUCAGUAUAAGGAAUGCAAAGAGAGGGAAAUGCAAAUGUUACAAGAGGAGGCUGAACAAAGAAAGCAACAAGAAAUCCUGUUAUCUCUGCAGAUAGAACAAUUGAUGAAAGAACUGGGGGAGGAAAAAGAAAAAUGCAGGAAGGCAGAGGAUAAACUAGAACUCAUGAUAACUCAGGCCUCCAACCCCCCAGAUCCUGUAAAAAUCUGUAAGGUAACCGUGUCCCCGGAAGAUUGGGAUGGAAAUAUCUGGGAGGACCCCGAUGAAGAAUUUAGCAAGGAGAGUGAAUUAGAUGAAUCAGAAUUUAAGGUAGGCCCUAUUACCAAAACCAAGGUAUCUGCUGGACCCCAAGGGGGCAAACGGAGAAAUACCACAAGGACCAUUCCAUGGGACCCCCUUCCUCUGGCCAAUUUGCAAGAAAAAUAUGGGCGGAAGACUGGUGAGAGCGAGACUGAAUAUCUGUGGCGUGUCUCCUUAACUGGAGGAGACCGCAUUAUGUUAGAUCAAGGUGUAGCGGCUGGCUUUUGGGGACCAGGCGUGUUCUUGAAUGAGGGGCCAGACCCUAACACCGAGCCACACUCUAUCACACGACGAGUGGCUUAUUGGGCAGGGGGCAAAGACCCUCGGGAUAGGGGGGAGCCCGCUGCUAUACCAAUAAGAUCUUUAAGUGAAGUUUCUGCUGCCGUUACAAAAGCAGCCUGCCUCCAGGCUAUGAACGACAGGGGUGCACAUGGUAAUUACCCUAUCGCUGCCCCUGUAAAUCCCCAAGCCAUGAGACCGCUGAUAAAGGGAGCCCCUGCUGUCUUAAAGCAAUACCUCAUUGCAAAAAGCCAUGAAAUAAGACAAAGCAUAGAGCAUAACACUCAGGAGGGUCAGAAGAGCCUCCGACCCAUCCCGACAUGGGCAGAACUGAUGCAUGGCAUUGUCAGUCGUGGUCGGGAGAUACGGUGGGACAAACUGACACCAGCUGGGCGGUCCCGAGCUGAAGCAGACAACAGACGGAUCUGGCAAGUAAAGCAGACUCGUCAGAAUCCCCGGCACCUUCCCCAAUCUCAUAAACUCCCUGUUGAGGUAGUGGACCCCCAAAAAAGGCAUAAUGGACUGUGGAGAAAAGCCUUAGCACUAGGCAUACCUCGGGUAGCCAUACGGGGCCAACCGACUGAGAUUGUACUUAGUCUGGUCCGGGCUUUUGAAAAACAAAGGAUAUCAGGGAAUCCGGAACAAACCAAACAGCCACCCACCCUCAAAGUCCUUGUGAAUAACCCUUUCAGCCCUUUUAAGGAGGAAUUGCAAAUCUUGAAACCAAAAAAUGAGUAAGUCCCAGACAGCAGCUUGGGCUGCCUGUCCAGAGCAUUGAAGCUUACCACUGGGAUAACACAGACGGCCCUCACAUUUAUAACCCAGUCAGCCCACAGAGACAGCUAGUAACCUUUUUAAGUGACAAAUUUCAAUAACCUCAAGUUUGGGUGCCCAAAGAACUCACAUUAAAGCAGCUGACAGGGGUUAAAAUAACAGGAUUUACCGGCAUAAGUAAAACUUGCUGCUAGCUAAAGUAAACUUUUUCUUGCCAGAGGAGGAAUGGACAUCAAGACACCAAUUAGGGGUAGUUUCAGGGAGAGAAAAUGUCUUAGGCUUUGAUGUAUUACAAGGACAAGUUUGGAAAUUGCUGGACAGUAGUGUUUUGUCUUUUGGCCGCUCAGAGUAUCCUUGGUUAGCUGAGCAAAAAUCGGCAGCUACCCACGGGUGUCCGUGAACUGGGGUAGUUCGCUUGCUGCGAGCUGCACCCACGCUGCCUGGCUCCAGAACGACCCAUGUCCCUCAGCACCCCACCUCUUGCGCUGCCCGGACGGGUAUUGCAGAGAUCAUCGCUGACCUACGAAAAAGACACAUUACCUCCCGAACGCGCUCUUCAUAUUAUUUCCCCAGUGUGGCCAGUUUAAAAAAACAGACGGGAGCUGGCGCCUAACCAUAGACUAUAGAAAGUUAAAUGCAAACCCGGCUCCUCUUACGGCCCCCAUCCCGACCAUUGCUGCAUUAACCCCCCCUUCCCCCCUCCCCCCCACCCAGGCUGCCACUCCCCGCUGGAUGGCGAUCCUAGAUGUAAAGUUAUGUUCUUUAUGGUGCUGCUGCAGGAGCAGGAUAGAGGAAAAUUAGCUUUUACCUAGGACGGGAUACAAUUUACUUUUAAUAGACUUCCUCAGGGCUAUAAGCAUUUACCCACGAUAGCUCAGUGGAGCUAAACAUCGUAUUAGUGCUAGGUGGGUAUAUCCUAGUUACUAACUAAAAGGGGUAACCCGUCCGGAAACACCCCACCGAGACUUGUUUUGUCUUUCCUUUCAGGAGCAAUACCCAGGAAAAUAUCAGCAUGCCACCCUUGGAGAUCGGAUUGGUCAUCUGAGGAGUACUAAUCCUCCUUGAGUCGUAAUCAUCACCAACAUGAACCAGAUUCGGUUUACACCUUGACAAGCCUGACUCACUUCUUUUAUUUGCGCUAAUCAGUACGGUAACUGCAGUACAUCCUGCACCAUGUAUGUUUAAAAUCCAUGGAAGUCCAGGAAUAGUGGGAGGUCCCACUUGAUAGAAAUAUUACCCGUAAUGUAUCCAAUCAAUCAAAUAUCUGUGUCUGUAACUUUGUAAACAUUACUGGAUGUGACUUUAAUUACACAGCCCCAGUGACCUCAGUCGUGCUGUUAAAGCAAAAUUACACACUGUAUCGAGACCUUUUACCUCCCUCCACUGGAAUGAACUGAAGCUACUUCACAAGCUACUGGAACAUAGACAUGUACAAGCCUUAUUACAAAAGACACAACAACAAAGCAAAAACACAUUAAUAACUGUACAUCGUGAUAGAGAAGAAAUACAUCAUAUACCAGAAAAAGUGCGGAAGGAUGGGGAACACCACUUGUGGAAACCCUAUUUGGAUGGUCUCCAACGGUAACAGGUGUAUCAAACACCAUGUUGCAUCCCGUGAUAAUAAUGUUUGCUGUUGAGGUGAUUUGUAUUGUUAUUACUGUCUUUUUACAGAUUUGAAUUUGGUUUUUGGCCCAGUCAGUGUAUCUCAUUGUAAAACACACUUGCUACUGAUCAUGUGAAAUUGUCUUAUAAUUAACCCUUUUAAAUUUUCUAUCGCUUAAUCCUCCAGUAGACAACACGAUGCCAUUACCGCCUCCUAUUUGUAGCACAGAGGCAAGAGGUGACCGUACCACCACUCUGUGAAGUAGAGUGAAUUGACUGUAGUCACGGGGUGGAGUGUGACGGGUGCACCCACUCUGAGUUAGCGGUGCGUCGCUUCGGGCCUCACCGACAAACAGGCCCGGCUGAAGCCAGCCCUGCUGUGUGAACCUUGAGAAACUGUGCUGAGCUGUAUCUUCUCAGGAACCUAAGGAAUUUAGGUCAUGUCUUAUGAGGAGCUAACAGUACCAGCCCGAGCGGGGACCAGAGGAAAUUAAAACGGCUAUGGCUGCACACCUGCACGUACUCCAAAGGGGAGUUUCACUACGAGUCAAUCGCUUUACGCUACAAAUAUCUGUAGCCCCCAGAGCCCCUUGAGCUCUCCUGCACGGCAGCGGGCUGCACGGCGGUGAUCUCCCCUUGAGCGGGGACGGCUCUCAAGGUCACUCCUCAAGGUUGAGAGAUCCCUUACCCGGCAUCUGAUAUCUACAGCGAGGCAAGCAACUUUUAUAUUAGAUCGAAAGCAUACUAUAUAUAAGUUUGCUUAAAUAUUAGAAGUGUAGUAAGUAGUAGAGUGCUUCACUGCCCUUUAAUUAUUGUUUAAUAACUGUUUAAUCGUCAUUCAAUCAUAGUUUAAUAAAACCUUUUAGUUAACCCCAUAA